GCUGUUGGGUCAUCCACAUGACUGUUUAUGGCUCGAUUAUGUAAACGACUUAUCUGAUGUAAAAGUUUGAUAAAGCAGUUACAGUCUUCAGUACGAAACAUUUAGCCAACAGUUAAAUUAGAAUAGUCCAAGUUUUCAGAGUUUUGCCGUCAUGACUGAAGAAACGUGGGAUGUUGUUAUUGUCGGCGCUGGGCUGUCAGGACUGAGUGCUGCUCAGACUCUGCGGAAGAGAAAUGGCAAACUCAGAAUAUUAAUUCUGGAAGGAAAAGACCGGGUAGGAGGACGAACUGUUACCCAGGAAUUACCUGCUGCUCGCGGCAUUGAUCGCUGGGACAUGGGAGGGCAGUGGGUUGGCAGCACUCAGACAUACGUCAUGGGCCUUAUUCAGGAGUUUGGCCUGGAGGUCUACACACAAUACACCACAGGCAAGAAAGUACACCACGUUGGUGGUCCUCAUGCCAAGGUUCGAACCAGCAGCACCAGUAUCCCUGCCCUCUCUACACUGGUGCUACUGGACCUGUCACAGCUCGUCUGGAAGAUUGACAGGUUGAGUUCCACAGUGUCAGUGGAGGACCCCAUGAAGACCCCCAAUGCCCAGGAGUUGGACAGUAUGACCCUACAUUCCUACAUAGAGAAACAUGCCUGGACAGAAGAGAUGAAGGAGGAGAUGGGUGUGUGCAGCCGGGUUGUGUUUGGUAUGGAGCCCAAUCAGAUGUCCUUCCUCUACUUCCUCAUGUAUGCUGCAGCAGCUGGAGGUGUCCUGUGCCUGCUGGAGAGCACCCCAGGCUCAGCACAGGAGUUCAGGGUCAAGGGGGGAACCCAGCAGCUGUCAGAGCGUUUAGCCCAGCAGAUUGGGUGGGAGAGUGUCCGGCUGGGCAAGGCUGUGACGGCCAUAUGGCAGGACGCUGAGCAGGCCAAGGUGAUGACAGCCACCCACUCCUACCUGUGCAGAGCAGUGAUUGUCACCUGCCCUCCUCACCUGGCAGCUAAGAUCCACUACCAACCUGCUCUACCCAUUCAGAGAGAACACCUCACACAGAACAUGCCUGUUGGGCACUUGAUGAAGUUUGUCAUCACCUACCAGAUGGCGUUCUGGCGUGAGAAGGGUUUCUCGGGAGAGAUAGUGGCACGACCCUCUGCAGAGUGUCCCUUGAGUGUCACCUUCGACGGCACCAGUCCCAGUGGGAGUGCUGCUCUCGUGGGCUUCAUCUCUGGCGUGCAGGCCUACGAUUGGAGCUCCAGAGAGCUGAGCGAGAGGAGGGAUGCUGUCAUUCUCAGCCUGGUGAAAUACCUGGGAGAGGAGGCUGCUAGCUACAUCCACUAUGAGGAGAAAGACUGGGCCUUGGAGGAGUACAGUGGGGGCUGUCCUGUUAAUGUCAUGGCACCGGGGCUGCUGACAUAUUACCACCCCAGCCUCUGCACGCCCUGUGGCAGGAUCCACUGGGCCGGCACGGAGACGGCCACCCAGUGGUGUGGCUAUAUGGAUGGGGCAAUUCAGUCAGGUCAGAGGGCAGCCCUAGAAGUCCUAGCCAGGCUGUGCCCUUUCACCCUGACCCAGGAGGAGCAGGAGGCUGUGCAGGCUGCCCAGAACCAGAACCAUGAGUCUGGACCAUGUCAACACAUACCUUCCACAUCCCAUCUCCGCAGGGCUCUGAUCCUCACCACGCUCAUCAUGGCCACUGCUGUACUAUUGGCUAAGCCACAGCUCUGCCGAGACUGGAUUGGACAGGCUCGGCAGGUAGUGCUACGAAGGUUUGCUUUGUGGUAAUAAAAUAUGCUGUUGUGUUGGAAAAACAUCCACUUGACAGGGAAAUGCCUCCGCUCACAGAUAUCUAAAGAUGUUAAAUAUGAUUGAAUUAUCUGUGACAUACAGUAUGGUUAACACUGUUUGCCUGGUGGACAUUUUUCAUUUAAAGAAAUGUAAUGCUUCUACAGUGGAAUGUGGUGGUGGGUGGGGGUGAGACUAUACAGAAAAAAAAACGUUUACUUUGGACUGCAUUGUACUGUAAGUAAAUUCAAUUAUAUGUAAAGGGUUUUAUAUGUGAACAUUCCCUACAGUUGUAUUAAGUCAUACAGUGCCGUCAGAAAGUAUUCACAGCCUUGACUUUUUCCACAUUUUGUUGUGUUACAAAGUUGGAUUAAAAUGGAUUUAAUUGUA